AUGCCCAGAAGAGCUCUGUUAGGCAACUGGUUUGAGGAGGAGGCGUAUGCACGAGAUCGGAGGCGCCUCAUGCAGGGUCGCAAUGGCGGUGUCGUGGAUGCCGCAAGUGAGGCGCAGUUCAUUUUGGCCAAGGUGAAGCAUCACAACACGCCGUAUUCAUUGCCCCCCGUGCCUAAAGAUGGAUUUCUGCACUUCUAUACCCCAGUUAUGCUGCAAAAUGCUGCAACUCUAGGCUUUUUGUCGCUUGACUUAGAGGAUCGUUCGCUGCGAUCUACAGGAUGGAACGUUGUGUGCUCAACGGCGCCAGCCAGUGGUCCGACAAUGCGCAAUUGCUUUGUAUUGGUUCCAGCGCUUACGGGGCCCACUGACAUGAUCCCCCCUCCCCCUGAGGAGAAGGAUUUGGUGCAUUACGGGCAACCGUUUUUUGUCAUGACGGUGCCAGAACUGUGCGAUGAUCCGCUCUCACUUGCUUCGGAGCACAAGGGGCCUAAUAGCGCGUCGAAGGUGACAGGAAAGUAUCAAGACGUGUACUUUUCACCGGACGGCAACAGUGCAGAGACGAUGUGGGUAGCGGAUUUCUCGAGCCCAGCGUAUCGUGAGGACAUGCGUGACAGGCCCGUAAGAGGAGAUGCUGUCUUGGUGAUCCGCCAUAACAAUACCAACGUUCCACUGGCGAGCACUAAGUCGGUCUUCUACAAUGAUUUUGGACCGGAAUAUGAGGUCUGUUGCAACAAGUUUGCGGCCCCUGGGCCAACACCUCGUGGGGGCCCACUGGCCGACGAAAAUUACUGGAUCUUUGUUUGCAGUGAGGAGAAUGAAGAAGGGAACGAAAAAGAGCGGGAGAUUGCUCCGACCCCCGCCUAG